AUGGCAUCACCUCCCGGUCCUGGCGUGCAACGCAACGAGUCUCGUAGUUCGAGUCUCAGUUCGAGGUUAUUCCGCACCAAGAGCGGCGAAGCUCUCGGAGGCGGCUCUCGUCUUCAUCGCAAAGGAAAGCAGGAGCCUCUACCACAGCCAACACAGACACCUGUCACACCUCCGAAACUGCCAGAGUACAGCAUUCAGCCGCAACUCGGCAUUUCUCCCAGGAUGACUUCAAGAGAAUAUUCCACGAACGGCACGCCUCCUGUUCCUCCGAUCCCUAAAGCUGUCGCCGAAAAGAAGGAGGUCGUAGAUCCAUAUGCGAGAACGGAGAGCAUGACACAUCGUGGUCGUUACAGCUAUGCACCAAGCACUGUGAGCACACUGAACAGCCCUAGGAGAGUCCGCAGACGUAAAGACCCAACCCCGUUCAACGUCCUUGUCAUUGGCGCCCGCAGCUCUGGCAAGACCGGCUUCAUCGAAUUCUUGAAGCAGUCCCUGGCGCUCCCAGCCAGGAAGCAGCCUCCGCCUCGUGGCCAUGAGAACGAUCCCCCCGCGCCAACAUCUCGGCACAAUCGUGACUUCACACAACACUACCAAGAGAUUGAGGUUGAUCAUGAAAGACUGGGCUUGACAUUAUGGGACUCUCAAGGCUUGGACAAGGGAGUGGUAGACUUGCAGCUGCGCGAGCUCACCAACUUUGUUGAAAGCAAGUUUGAUGAGACAUUCCUCGAAGAGGUCAAGGUGGUCCGUUCACACGGCGCCUUGGACACUCACAUACACUGCGUAUUCUUCAUCCUUGACCCAGCCAGACUCAAUCAGAACCUCAAAACGGCUCAACAAGGUACCACAAAUGGCGCUACCAGUCGUAUCGGCAAGGUCUCCAGGAUUAUUGGCGCCCUGGACGAGGAUUUUGAUCUUCAGGUCAUCAAGGCCCUCCAGGGCAAAACUGUCGUCGUCCCAGUCAUCAGCAAGGCAGACACAGUCACUGCGCAACACAUGGCCUUCUUGAAGAAGCAGGUCUGGGAAAGUCUGAAGCGAGCCGGACUCGAUCCACUUGAAGCUCUCAACAUGGACGAAGAAGGCUCGGACAUUCUCGAAGAAGGUGACGAGGAUGCAGAUGACAACGACAAGAGCAGCGACGAUGGAAGCUCGCCGGCCUCGCCGGCCUCUGCUCACACCGAAGACUCUGACACUGUACCAGCGAAACGUCCUCAACAUAAGCGAGAGCCGUCCAACUUGUCCAUCUCGACCUCUAUGAUGGAUAGUGGGUACGUUCCUUUGUCCAUCCUGAGCCCAGACGAGUAUUCCAUGCAGUCUGGGGGCCAACUUGGUCGUGCCUUCCCCUGGGGUUUCGCCGAUCCUUUCAAUCCGGAACAUUGCGACUUCGUGAAGCUCAAGGAAGCUGUCUUCAGCGAAUGGCGCUCAGAACUUCGCGACGUCAGCCGCGAACGCUUCUAUGAAGCUUGGAGAACACAUCGUUUGCAUCGACAAGGCAACGCUGCCAACACCAGCAAAUUCGCACCCACACCACGACAGUCUGGAGGCAUUCCGAUUCCUCUUGAGAGAAGAAAGCCUUGA